AUGAACGGAUCCGAGGGAGAACUGGAGUACGAGGAGAUCACUCUGGAGAGGGGUAACUCUGGUCUGGGCUUCAGCAUCGCAGGAGGAACUGAUAAUCCUCACAUCGGAGACGACCCGUCCAUCUUCAUCACCAAGAUCAUCCCCGGAGGAGCCGCCGCCCAAGACGGACGCCUCCGGGUGAACGACAGCAUCGUAUUCGUGAACGAUGUGGAUGUUCGUGAGGUCACUCACUCCAUCGCCGUGGAGGCGCUGAAGGAGGCGGGGCCUGUGGUCAGGCUGUACGUCCUGCGGCGACGCCCACCGAGCGAACGCAUCGCUCAGAUCAAACUGAUGAAGGGCCCUAAAGGUCUGGGCUUCAGUAUAGCGGGUGGCGUGGGGAACCAACACGUUCCCGGAGACAACAGCAUCUACGUCACCAAGAUCAUCGAGGGCGGAGCGGCGCACCGCGACGGACGGCUACAGAUCGGGGACAAAAUACUGGCAGUGAACCACGUGUCCCUGGAGGACGUCCUGCAUGAGGACGCCGUGGUGGCCCUGAAGAACACGGGGGAAGUGGUCUACCUGAAGGUGGCCACGCCCACCUCGCAGUACAUCCACCCAGCUGAUCGAUACAGCCCCCCCGACCUGACCAGCU